AUGGAUGCAGACUGUGUGAUUUCGUGCGAUUUGAUCAGUUUUGAGAACAACAGUGGUGGUAUGGAAGAAGUUGAUCAUUUCCUAGCAGAUGUUGAUGUUCAUUCUGAGGGAGAAACGCAGGACUUGGGCAUAGCAACACAAACCCAAGGCGAAGCUCGCAAAAAGCAGAAGCUGGAUGAGGCAUGUACUAUGGAGCCAUCUCUGCUUGAUAGUUCUCUGGAGAUGGGCAGCGGACAAGGAAUCAUGACGGACAUUUCGUUUGGCGUUGACAACAAGUCGAUCCACGGGGAUGCUUCAUACAGCCCUUUUGUCCAGGAGUUAUUUCGUGCUCGGGAGAACCUCUGGGUCCAGAAGGCAAAGCGUCCUACGGCCCUUGAUAUGUGGGAUGCUGCUGAUAGCACAACGUUGAAAGAUGCUGUCUAG